UUGAAAAUGAAUAUGGUUUUGUUAUUCAUUGGCCUGAAAAAGGUUGCUAUAACAAUAAUCCCUCCAAAAAAAACAGAAAUCUGGUGAAUCUUCACAGAUAUCUUACGGAAUUGACAAACGCUCAUUUCUGCUUAAUGGAUGCACAAGAACUUGCGACCUUUGACUUUGAACACCUGGAUAGAUAUGUUAAGAAUGAUGAGGAGGAGACCGAGGACGAUAAUAUCUGUUGUGUAUAUAAGGUAGAAGAAAAAAAACAAGAAGAUUUUAACUUUUACGAUGGAUUCAAGCUUAAAUUCGACAAUAGGGACUCUAGAGAACAUGAAUUAUCUCUGCCCUCGAACCUUUCUCCUGCCAUGCCGAUAAAGUCUUGCAAUAAUCAAUCAUUUAUUACCUGUCAUAUGUCUAAGCCCAGGGAAAUACAUAAAUUGGGAUGGCGUGCCGGCGUAUCCCCUAAUGAAAUAAAAAAUUAUAAUAUGAGAAUAGACCCGUGCGUUUCUUUAGCUGAAUUGAUAGACUUGGCCGAAUUUUUAUCUAUAGGAAGUAAUCUGAUCAAAACAUAUAAAGAUGAAGUGGAGCGGGCUCGUAAAGAUUAUAAGAAAGAGAAGGAGAAUAUCGAUAAUAAUAUUAAAGUCGACUCGGAUAUCCUUUUUUCAAUACUCAUGUAUGAUCUAAGCAAAACAUACGA